CUCGCUGAGAGACAUGCUGGUCUGGUGUGGGCUACAUUUGCCAGGGGUGCCGUGACUAUCUGUCCUUGUGGGCCCCUGCGCCGCAUCAGGCUGUAACCUAUCGCGUGUGCGGCUGAGUAUUUUACGAGCCUGGGGUCAGAGGCCCAAGGGGUUACUGGGCAGGGAAAAAUGGCCAUAGGACCCUAAAAAUUACCGAUGAGUUGGAUAUGAUAAUGGGGCUGCAACUUGCGAUGUUCUCCUGUUCAAGACCCUAUCUCCUGUUUUCCAAUCUCGUCAGGGCUCAACCACCAUCCCUCAAGUCUAUUUGAUCAUUUCAUUUUCAGGCCUGCAACUUAGAACAUGCACCAUUCCAAUGAAAAUGAGCAUGGCACAGAUCUCGCACUAGAUGGAUCAACAUCCGGGUUAGCGGACAUGGAGAGUGUUACCACUUGCGCCGGGAGACACACAAAUAUGAACAACCACGAUACAAGGCGUCACGAGCUUGACGAUAUAUAUCGCAAUAUCUUGCAAUCGGAUUUCCGGCAAAUUUUGCAAGAACCUCGUCCCAGGCUGGAACCUCCCCUGAAAUCAGGGCCAUCUCAGGAUGGCCAGGCCGAAGAGAGGAUAUGCUCGUCUCGCAUCAAUGCUGGGGGGAUGGAAUUCUCGUUUGCAGCCAGAUUAGGAGAUAGUGAUGCAGGAUCAUUCCCGGUCACCCCGAGGAGACAGACGCCGUCCAAGGCAUCAACUAAACCCAGCCCGAGUUCCCCUUUUGAUUUCUCGGCCAUGCAAACAGAAAUCUCCGACAUGGCCGUAAAUUUGAAAGCAGCGAAACAUGUCCGUGGUCAAAAAAGUCCUAACAAGAACGAGUCCAUCGAGGACGCGGCCCAUUUUCUGCAAAAGAUGCCCUUUAACGAGUCAAGACUUGCCACAAUAUUACCCACUGCUGUUCGUGGUAGGAUCCUGGAGAGUUCAGAGUUUUGCAUCUCGCUCACGAAACAGGGAAGACGAUGUAAAAACAAGCACAAAGAUCUAAGCAACGAGGCGACAGAUAUUCUUAAAGGCCUUUCUAGUCUCAAUGUCCAAAGCGAUUGGAAGGAUAUUUAUCCCAAGCUUGAGAGCAUUGUCAAAAUGUUGAUGUGUUCGCAAACGCAUGCAAAGACAGGAGUGAAGGAGCUGCUAGCACUAGAUGGCCAAAUGACCGAGUUGGAAAGGAAACGAGACAAUGGGCUUGGGCCUAUUAGGGAUUGUCUCUUGGAUCUCGUGGAACCCUGGUUCGAAAAGAUUUGCAAGAACAGCGAUACCGAGAUCAACAAGCUGCGGGAAGACCAGGAUCAACGGGCGAAAGCUGAGGCCGAAGUCUUGAGCCAAGAAACACCUUCAAAGGCCAUGGGCAAGAGCACUCUUGGUCUGCAGUAUAAUCUGGGAACCUUUUUACCUUAUCAGCCCGAGGCUGUUAGAUCACUUUCGAUAAAAGAAGCUAUCAGACAGGAGCUUGGAGCGCCCCUCUCAUGCCGGGACUUGGAUUCAAAACAUAUCUAUAUCUACUGGUCCACUGGCAACUUUGGUUUGGUUAAAAUUGGUGUUAGCGAUGAUGUUUCCUCCAGAUUACAAAAAUGGGGGCAACAAUGCCAGCAUGAGGUCAAGGAGCUUUGGCGUGAAGAUAUCUUUGUUAAACACGCUUACAGGGUUGAGAAGCUAGUCCAAACAGAGUUGAAAGAAGUUCGAUUAAAAGUCAAGUGUAAAGGUUGCGAUCGGUCACAUAGAGAGUGGUUCAAAACCAGCUCGGAACAUGCUGGCAAGGUUAUUCGAAAAUAUUCCAGUUGGGCGGCAUCGAUGCCGUACCAGUUUGACGAACAAAGCAACAAAUGGGGAUUAAAUAAAAAUGUUGGAGACAGUAUGCUUGAAGACCUCUGCGAGCCAAUACCGUUCCCGGAAUUAAAAGUUAAAUCUCCAAGGAGGACUCGACGGAGUAUUGCUAAAAGUGGCAAGUCUGCACUCUAAAUACAUGCUUUGAAAACCUUGAGAAAGGAUUUUUGCCUCCAUAUUUUAUAUAAGAGUUGGUUGUGUAUAUACUAUCGGGUGCAAUGCUCUAUGAAGGUUACAGAUCUAUGAAAUGUUAAUGACUCUCAC